AGCACAGUUGUCGUUACAACAAAAUCGUCAAUGUUCCGGAGAGGUUGUAGUGAAUCGGGUUGUUGGACAGAGUCCUUAUCAUUUUACGUUUCUGCGUGUGUGUGUGUGUUGCUGUAGUGUGUAAUUUGGGUUUUCUUUAUUACGACCAAACGUACGCGUAACGCCCCACGAACACAAAACAGACUCCUUUGUUACUACCUCCGUGAAACAGUGCUCUGCUACGCAUUUUGCGACCAACGCUUGAAAGACGCCCAGCUACUGUGCUUACGCGACGCAUCCGAUUCACUAGGCGGAACAAUGAAGCUUCUCCUACUCAUCGUCUCGUUCGUGGCCGCGGCCAAUGCCGUUUCCAUUUUCAAUUUGGUGAAGGAAGAGUGGACAGCGUUUAAGAUGCAGCAUCGUAAGAAGUACGACAGUGAGUCAGAGGAACGGCUUCGCAUGAAAAUCUACGUCCAAAAUAAGCACCACAUUGCCAAGCACAAUCAGCGAUACGACCUUGGCCAAGAGAAGUAUCGCCUGCGGGUGAACAAGUACGCCGAUAUGCUGCACGAAGAGUUUGUGCACACGCUCAACGGGUUCAAUCGGUCCGCUGCGGCCAGAGAAGGCAAGAGCUUGGUAGCCGGCGAGCUAAUUCGCAUCGAUGAACCAGUUUCCUGGAUUGAGCCGGCAAACGUUGAGGUACCGAAGACUGUCGACUGGCGGGUAAAGGGUGCCGUAACACCGGUAAAGGACCAAGGCCACUGUGGCUCAUGCUGGUCAUUUUCGGCCACUGGUGCGCUGGAAGGACAACACUUCCGCCAGACGGGGAAGCUGGUGUCACUGUCGGAGCAGAAUCUGGUAGACUGUUCGAGCAAGUACGGUAACAAUGGUUGCAACGGUGGCAUGAUGGACAACGCGUUCCAGUACAUCAAGGACAACAAGGGCAUCGACACGGAGAAGGGAUACCCGUACGAGGCGAUCGACGACGAGUGCCACUACAAUCCGAAGGCGGUCGGUGCCACCGACAAGGGCUUCGUUGACAUUCCGCAAGGCGACGAGAAGGCCCUAAUGAAGGCUCUCGCGACCGUUGGCCCAGUAUCAGUCGCCAUCGAUGCGUCGCACCAAUCGUUCCAGUUCUACUCCGAAGGUGUUUACUACGAACCGGAGUGCGAUUCGGAGCAGCUUGACCAUGGCGUGCUGGCGGUCGGCUACGGAACGUCAGAGGAUGGGCAAGACUUCUGGCUGGUGAAGAAUUCGUGGGGUACCACCUGGGGCGACAAGGGCUACGUAAAGAUGGCCCGCAAUCGCGACAAUCAUUGCGGUAUUGCCACCCAAGCUAGCUACCCAUUAGUGUAAACAGAAACAGAGUUUACAAGACGCGCAAGAAGCAACCCGUCUUAGUAGAAAUCUGUUUUACGUCGUGUGAUAUGUACAUUUAAAUGUUUUGCCAAAAGAAGGCCAGCAGGAAACGAACCCCACUUCCUCAUCGCGUAUCUCUCGCAACAAAACAUGUGGACAUUGCCAUACACUCUUCUUUCUUUUUACUUCCAUCUCAUCAUGUCAUGAUGCUCACAUCUGCGAACGUAGGCGAUCGACC